GGCGCGGGCGGGGGGCGAGGAUGGAGCAAGUGGAGAUCCUGCGGAGGUUCAUCCAGCGCGUCCGCGCCAUGAAGAGCCCGGACCACAACGGCGAGGACAACUUCGCCCGCGACUUCAUGCGAUUAAGAAGAUUGUCUACCAAAUAUAGAACAGAAAAGAUUUAUCCCACAGCCACUGGAGAAAAAGAAGAAAAUGUUAAAAAGAACAGAUAUAAGGACAUACUGCCAUUUGAUCAUAGUCGAGUUAAGCUGACUUUAAAGACUCCUUCUCAAGAUUCAGACUAUAUCAAUGCAAAUUUUAUCAAGGGUGUUUAUGGGCCUAAAGCAUAUGUGGCAACCCAAGGACCCUUAGCCAAUACAGUUAUAGACUUUUGGAGGAUGAUAUGGGAGUACAAUGUUGUAAUCAUUGUAAUGGCCUGCCGAGAAUUUGAGAUGGGAAGGAAAAAAUGUGAGCGCUAUUGGCCCCUAUAUGGAGAAGACGCUAUAACAUUUCUACCAUUUAAAAUUUCUUGUGAAGCUGAACAAGCAAGAACAGAUUACUUCAUUAGGACACUCUUACUUGAAUUUCAAAAUGAGUCUCGUAGGCUAUAUCAGUUUCAUUAUGUGAACUGGCCAGACCAUGAUGUUCCCUCCUCAUUUGAUUCUAUUUUGGACAUGAUAAGUUUAAUGAGAAAAUAUCAAGAACAUGAAGAUGUGCCUAUUUGUAUUCAUUGCAGUGCAGGCUGUGGAAGAACAGGUGCCAUUUGUGCCAUAGAUUAUACAUGGAAUUUACUAAAAGCUGGGAAAAUACCAGAGGAAUUUAACGUAUUUAACUUAAUACAUGAAAUGAGAAAACAAAGGCAUUCUGCAGUACAAACUAAGGAACAGUAUGAGCUUGUCCAUAGGGCCAUCGCACAACUGUUUGAAAAACAGCUACAACUAUAUGAAAUUCAUGGAGCCCAAAAAAUUGCUGAUGGGGUGAAUGAAAUUAACACUGAAAACAUGGUCAGCUCUAUAGAUUCAGAAAAACAAGACUCUCCUCCUCCCAAACCACCAAGGACCCGCAGUUGCCUCGUAGAAGGGGAUGCUAAAGAAGAAAUACUGCAGCCUCCAGAACCUCACCCAGUGCCACCCAUAUUGACACCUUCUCCCCCUUCAGCUUUUCCAACAGUCACUACUGUGUUGCAGGACAAUGGCAUAUACCAUCCAAAGCCUGUAUUGCACAUGGUUUCAUCAGAACAGCAUUCAACAGACCUCAACAGAAACUAUAAUAAAUUAACAGAACUCCCAGGGAAAAAUGAAUCAACUGCUGAACAGGGAGAUAAAAAACUGGAGCGAAAUUUAAGCUUUGAGAUUAAGAAAGUCCCUCUCCAAGAAGGACCAAGAAGUUUUGAUGGAAACACACUCUUGAAUAGGGGACAUGCAAUUAAAAUAAAAUCUUCCUCACCGUGUGUAGUUGAUAAGAGCUCUAAGUCACAGGAUUUGAGUUCAGGAGUUGAUCCAAAAGUUGAUAAUGUUUCUCAGAAUUCUUGUGUGGACUGCAGUGCAACCAAGUCAAAUAAAACUCCAGCUGUUCCACUGGAAGAAUCCCAGAAUGUUGACACACCUCCAAGGCCAGAUCACUUGCCUCUUGAUGAGAAAGGCCAUGCCAUGUGGUUAUUUCAUGGACCUGAAAAUGCCCCACCUGUAUAUGAGUCCCCUGAUGGCAAGUCCUCAGACACCCACUGUCAAGCCACAAAAACUCUGAGUUUAUCACCAAGCUCCACAGCACAAGUUGAAGCCCACAAUCUGGAUUAUCACAGUAAUUCACCUAUAUUCAGAGCACCUCUCAGUUUCACCAACCCUCUUCACUCUGAUGACUCAGAUUCAGAUGAAAAAAACUUUGAUAGUGCUGUGACUAAGAAUCAAACUAAUAUUUCAAUAGCAAGUGCCACGGUUUCUGCUGCCACAAGUACUGAAAUUGCUACUAGGAAAGUAUUGCCAAUGUCCAUUGCUAGGCAUGAUGUAGCAGGAACAGUACAUUCAGGUGCUGGAAAAGAUGUUGAUGUUAGUGAAGAUUCACCUCCACCCCUACCUGAGAGAACUCCUGAGUCUUUUGUAUUAGCAAGUGAACAUAAUACACCUGUAACAGCUGAAUGGAAUGAACUUCAGAGUCAGGAUCAGUCUGAACAAAAAAAAUCUGAAGACUCAGGAACCUGUGGAGUUGAAAAAUGUGAUUAUCCAACAGGAAAUGUGCUCACAGAUACUUGUCCAGAAUGUCUACCUACAUGCAGUACCAGAAAAGAUCAAAUAUCAGAAAGUCCAACUGAAACUACAGAUAUUGGUUUUGGCAAUCGCUGUGGAAAGCCCAAAGGACCAAGGGAUCCACCUUCAGAAUGGACUUGAUUCAGGGAGCUUGAAAGAUACUUUAAAUUAUACUGGAAAAUUCAAGUGCCACAGAAAGCCAGAUUUAUAUAGUAUUCCAUCCUUAAAAUGUGGGACUAAAAGCAGAGUAGAUUGUUACCUUUAUGUAUUUUGUUGGGACCAUCUACCUGCCUUAUACUACACUUAGGAAAAAGUAUUAUAUGGUUUAUUUUGUAACUUCCAAGUAUUAUUGCCUUAAUGUCUCUUAACCCUGUUACACGCUGCUUGUAGACAUGUUAAUAUAGUAAUACUUUUAUGAUAAAUUGAGCAAGGACUACUCUUUUGCUAAUGUUUAUCAAUGUAUGCAUUAUUUUGUAUAUGUACUGGGCAAGUAGGUAUAUAAUUUGAUAAAGUUGCAGUCAUAAAAUAUUAUUAUUAACAGAAGAUGUAAGAAAUUUCUGCAUGGUCUAAAUCUUUGUGUACCUUAUUUGUAAAUUAUUUGCCCUAAAGUUUUAGAAAAUAGUUUCUAAAAUUGCUGGAUUCAUGCAGCCAGCAUUGCAGGUUAUCAGAGAGCAAAGAUUGUAAUAAUAAUACAUUUUGUAAAUUGUAAGCAAAAAGUUAUUUUUAUAUUAUAUACUGUCUAAUUGUCCUUGUUAUCAUCUAGUCAUGGAGAUUCAGUAAGUGCCUUGGAACAAUAUUGAAUUCUCUUAGCUCGUGUGUGUUUAAUAUUUGGACUCUACCGGGAUUAGAAGACUAUCAAAAUAUAUGUAUGUUUCGGGAUAUUUGACCUGCCAUUAAAAAAUGAGAA